AUGUCUUCAAACAUUACCCUGUACAGCUGGCCCACGCCGAAUGGUAUCAAAGCCUCCAUCACCCUCGAGGAGCUUGGUCUGCCUUAUAAAGCUGAAGGCCUUGACAUCUCCUCCAGCUCGAAUCCCCAAAAGGAAGAAUGGUUCCUGAAGAUCAAUCCCAAUGGCCGCAUCCCCGCGUUACUUGAUGGCUCGCAACGCGUUUUCGAGAGCGGAGCAAUCAUGACGUAUCUAGUCGACAAGUACGACACCGACCGCAAGAUCAGUUACGCCCCUGGCACCCCUGAGCAUGCCGAGCAAACCUCCUGGUUAAUGUUCCAGAUGGCUGGACUCGGGCCCAUUCAAGGACAAGCGAACCAUUUCCGUCUCUUCGCCGACACGCGCUCCGAUUACGCUAUUAAACGGUUUAUCAACGAGACAAGGCGUCUCUACUCAGUCCUCGAGUCGCGGUUGAAGGAAACCCCUUACCUCGCGGGUGAGAAGUAUACUAUUGCCGACAUUGCGAGUUUCUCUUGGGUUCGCGGUUCUCCUAUUUCCUUGGAGAUUGAUCUGUCUGAGUUCCCCGUUCUGAAAAAGUGGGUCGAGGAUAUUGAUAAGCGUCCUGCUGUUCAAAGGGGGUUGGAUGUUCCUCAUUCGACUUGGACUCCUGAGCAGAAGGCUGAAUUUUUCCGGAAUUGCCGGGCCAAGAUUGAUGCCAUGACUACUUCCGAUCAGCAUUGA